UUGGCUCAGAGCCCAGAUUCCAGGACUGCCCCCCUCCUCGUCCCUGCCCUUGGAGACAAGGUCUGUUUACACGGGCAGUCCCCCACGGGAUGGAGCCCGGGCUGUCACCUCCAGAAAAUCUCCUGAUUGCUACGGUCUCCGCAAAAGCAUCAAAGCAUCUCUACUGUCUCUCCUCCGGGACGAACGCAGGUCAGGAUGGCCUGAGGUCCACUCAAGAGCCUCACAAGCCAGCGGCUCUCGGACUGGGAAGCAGCAUAGUGAGCACUCAGCAGAACACCAAACACCAACAAGGAAGGGGAGCUUCACUCAGCCUGCUGCUGGGACAACACACAGCCGGGAGGUAUAAAAGCCGACAGACAGCCGGAGCUCCUCACACACACACACACACACACACACACACUCACACACACACCGCCUCCUGCAGCCCCACCGCCCCCGCCAUGGCCGCGUCCACCCUGUCCGUCCGCUCCAGCGACCUGAGCUAUGGCAGCCGCGUCUGCCUGCCCGGGGCCUCGGACUCCUGCCCCGACUCCCCCUGGCAGGUGGACGACUGCCCAGAGAGCUGCUGCGAGCCCCCGUGCUGCGCCCCGGCCCCCCGCCUGACCCUCCUGUGCGGCCCCUCCUCCCCCUGCCAGGGAGACUGCUGCACCCCUGCGUGCUGCAAGCCCGUCUGCUGCACCCCUGUGUGCUGCAAGCCCGUCUGCUGCACCCCUGUGUGCUGCAAGCCCGUGUGCUGCACCCCUGUGUGCUGCAAGCCCCUCUGCUGCACCCCUGUCUGCUGUGAGGACUCCCCCUGCACAACCUCUUCAUGCUGCCAACUGUCCUGCGGCCCCUCCUCCCCCUGCCAGGGAGACUGCUGCACCCCUGCGUGCUGCAAGCCCAUCUGCUGCACCCCUGUGUGCUGCAAGCCCAUGUGCUGCACCCCUGUGUGCUGCAAGCCCGUGUGCUGCACCCCUGUCUGCUGCGAGGACUCCGCCUGCACAACCUCUUCAUGCUGCCAGCUGUCAUGCGGCCCCUCCUCCCCCUGCCAGGGAGACUGCUGCACCCCUGCGUGCUGCAAGCCCAUCUGCUGCACCCCUGUGUGCUGCAAGCCCGUGUGCUGCACCCCUGUCUGCUGCGAGGACUCCGCCUGCACAACCUCUUCAUGCUGCCAGCUGUCUUGCGGCCCCUCCUCCCCCUGCCAGGGAGACUGCUGCACCCCUGUCUGCUGCAAGCCCGUGUGCUGCACCCCUGUCUGCUGCCAGGACUCCCCCUGCUCAGCCCCCUCCUGCUGCCAGCCCAGCCCCUGCUGCAGACCCUCCUCCUGCGUGUCCCUGCUCUGCCACCCCGCGUGCCCCCGCCCUGCCUGCUGUGGCCCCGCCUCGGGCCAGUCCUGCUGCUGAUGGGCACGUCCCCCCACUGCUACUGGGACUCCCACCCAAAGUAUUUGGAGCCUCGAGCCCAGUCUGGGGUCUCCUUCUGCCCCCAGGUGCCCACCGCAGCAGACAAGGCUGAGCCCUCACUGUCGGGCUGGCUCCCUGGGACAGCUGCAGCUUCCCGAGGGCCCUGUGUGUCACCCGGUGUCCUCCUCUCUAUCAUAGCCAGAUUGAGGUCACUUUGUCCUGUCCUACGUGAGCGACCUAUCUGUUAACCAAUAAAUUCACUGUCAGCCCCUC